AGGGCAACCUAUUGACGUUGCGAUUCUCCUGAUUUACUACUUUCACCCGCAAGCAACACGCACCGUUCAAUCGUCAUGACUAUUCUCGAAGCAAGAACCCGCUGCACAGAACCACGAGGAGCAAGUGCUGCAUUCUUUGCCCUGCAUCCGACAUCGUGUAUUUUGGACGUGCCCGACGUGCGCCUCGGGCCGCGACUCUUCUGCUACCUGCAAUUCGACUUGAUCACGGGCAAAAUCAGCAGAGUUCUAAAAUACGAACAGAAAGAGAACGUUCUGACACUGGCGCGGCAAUACCAAGGUUGUAAAGAUACAACAGACGGCGCGAAGAAAAGCGAUCCGGAUGAUCUGCGGGUGAGAAAAGAAAUAUUCGCAAGACUCUGGAAAAAAUUUAAUAGCCUGCAAUUCGCCACGCUCCCUUCUUGGAACAACGACGAGAAUACUUUCGCUUACGCCCUCGCUCUCGCCGAUUAUUUUCUCAGUCAGGAAGAGCCUGAUUUUAUCGGUGAUGAGGUCCAGCGCUACGAGUCGUUUCUUGCCGAAUUCGACACUGAAUCGUUCCAGCUCCUGCCGUAUCAAAUGCAAAAGUGUCUGGGUCUGGAAACUUGUGAUGCUGGGCGGCGUCUCAUGAUGAGGCCACAAGUGCUGGCUCAGCAUGACAAGUUUCUGAGCUUCUAGGUGCUGCCAAUUCCGCAUGACAAACUGCGCUUCUGCAUCACAGAAAAAUGGAGCUCUUGAGCAACGUGCAUGACAGAUUUAAGAGUCAUGCCAGACAAGCAUGACAAACAUGCAUUCUUCCAGACCCAGACAUUUUUACACUUGAUAUGCCGGAGUACAGCAUGCUCCACCCCGGGCUCAUCGACACCCACAUGCACGCGAGCCAGUACCCCUUUUACGGUACCGGGAUCUCCUAUGGGACUGUCAGGAUUGAAAUCGUCAGAGUUGAAAUGAUUUGUCAUGCAUAAAAUGCGAUGCAAAAACUGCCUCUAUUGCAGAGGACGCACGGGAGGCAGAUUAUAGUCCUGGCAAGGGUCAAGAGUUGGACUGCUGACUAGCAUGACAGCAGGCAGCUCUUUUGCCCUAAACCGCAUGACAGACUCGCUUCCAGGACCGGGGAAUUUUGUCAUGCACCGACUACAAACUGUAGGUCUAACUGGCGUGCGUUCUAUGCAUCACAAAUCAUUUCAACUUUGACGAUUUCAAUCCUGACAGUUCCAUAUCUCCAAGCCUCUGAUGGCGCCGGACGGGUUUCUGCACAAUUUCGCGUUCCCAACCGAGGCUGCUUUUCAAAACGAGAAGACGGCAAAACUGGUUUAUCCAAAAGUGGUGAAGAGGCUGCUGAGAAACGGCACAACCACAGCGGUGUACUACGCAACGUUGCACACGGAGCCCACCAUCGAGCUAGCCAAAACGUGCAAGCAGCAGGGACAGCGAGCUUUCGUGGGAAAGGUUUUGCUGGACCAGAUGUCUCUGCGGGAAGAUUAUGUGAUGGGUAGUGACGUGGAGGCAAGCCUGCAUGAAGUGGAGGAAUUUUUGCAACAUCCUGUGUUCAUUUCAGACGCGGGAGCUGCUGCUAAAAAUAGCGACGAGGAUCAUGAUGCGGCCGAAUGUGAGAGAGCGUUUUUGAAAAAUUUUGGCCACGAGGGGAAAAUAACCGCAGUGACUCCGAGGCCCGUCAUCACGCCCCGCUUUAUUCCCAGUUGCAGCAAAGCUUUGCUGGAAGGGUUGGGGAAAAUGUUGAAAAACCCUUCUUACAAGGACGUUUUGGUUCAGACCCACGUGACAGAGUCGAAGGAUGAAGUUCUGUUCGCAAAAGCGAUUUGGGAAGGCCAGAACGCGGAGAAGAAAAAAGCGGAAGACACUGAAGGCGCACCGCAGUUCAUGGGCUGCUCGUCUUUAGUAGUACAUCAAUACGAAAACGACACGCAGGUGCUGCGGGAUUGCGGACUUCUGGAAAACAGAAGGCUGCUUGCCGCCCACUGCGUGCACAUGUCGGGCGACGAGAUUGAGUUGGUGCGGAAGCAUAUGACGAGGAAAAACGUACCCACACCAGAGUCAAGAUGGGGAUUCGGCUAGACAAAUCCACAAGUUUUGUCUGUUUUGCAUGACAAAUUUGGAUUCGUAGUAUAGUGCUGUUUGAGCUAGCUCAGCAGCAUCACAGAUCUAGCAUACCAUGCUGAUUGGAGCAUGACAAAUUGCAAAACACGACUAGAAAAUGCUUGUCAUGGGGCUCCGCAUGAGAAACAUUUUCAGCAUGCAGAUUUGCAUUACAGGUCUGGUGUGGGUAUGUUUUUACUCAGGAUAAAGCACGAGGUAAAAAUCGCCCACUGUCCACUUUCAAAUUGCUACUUUGCCGAGGGUAUCCAAUGUAAAAGUGUCUGGGUCUGGAAGAUUGGCAGGUUUGUCAUGCACAUUUUGCAUGACUCCUCAAGUCUGUGAUGCAUGCCGUAGCAUCACAGGUUCUGUGAGGGCUUCCUGAAGCCUAUUGCGCAUGACAAAUGCCCUUUCCGUGCUGCAAAAUUUGGACUCUCUUUGCUGCUCAUGCAAUACAGAUUUUUUUAGAAUCCGAAAUCAGCAUGACAAGUUGGAUUCUUCCAGACCCAGACAUUUUUGCAUUUGAUAGAGGGGGCGCUCCCCUUGCAGCGCCUUCUGUUCGGCGAGAGGAGCAGCGAGAAAAGCAUCGCAAUCGGCUUGGGAACCGACAUCGCCGGGGGCUACUCGCCCUCGAUGUACAACUGCAUGCGGCAUUGUGUAGCGAGUUCAAAACUUCGCGAGGCGUCAGUAGUGGAGCCAGGGAGCUCUGCGAAGGUAAUAAUUGCAGCAGAUGGUGAGCGGACAGAUGUUUCAACAGUAACCAUCUGGACCGCUCUGCACCUCGCCACCGUUGGUGGGGCGAGAUGUGUGUGCAUGGAGAAUACCAUCGGGUCGUUUGAGAUUGGAAUGGAAUUCGACGCAGUCUGCCUGUGCUCGGGCGACACAGAUGUCGAGAGCGACUUGUCGCUGCAAAGAACGCAGGAUCCGCUGCAUCGUGACGUCGAAAAGAACCACCUCCUAGACUUGGAUUUACUAACGAAAAUACACGACGACAUUGCCGCGUCUGACCAGUUGCCCGUGAUCGUUGCGGAACGCUUACUCCAUCUCUCCGAUGAACGCCAUGUGCGCCAAGUUUGGGUAAGGGGAAGGCAGGUUGUGUCCUGAAAGUGAU